AUGUUUAAGCAAGGACGGCCAGACUCUGAUUUCGAGCAUCUACUAGUUUAUCUCCACUCUGUUAAUGAUUCAGACAUUGGGGACAUCAACCAUUCAAACAAGUUUCCUGCGAAAAUUCUCCCGAUCAUGUCGAACGAAGUUACCCGAAGGCUGACUAGGUUUCUAGACAAUCCUUUGGAACAAACGGGUUUUCGACCCUCUGGAAAGAUUGGAGCUGACAAGGCGACUUGGAAGCAUCGAACACGUCAGUUUGUCACAUUUACGACAAUCGUGCCUGACUCGCCUAAGUUGUUACACGCAUUUUUUCUUGGCCACCCUGUUGUUAAACAGCACACUGGAGUUGGUGUGACCAACAGUAUCACAGAGUGCGUCAAAAUCUACGACAUAAAUAGGUCACAGUACCUUGGCGGUUCAUUCGACGGUGCAUAUUUCCACCUCAAUGUCCCAGAGAAACUGGACUGUUAUUUUGGUUUCGAGGGAAACAAGAGGAAACACCGUGACUGGGACCCGCUUCACAAAGCUGGACUACAAGACAUCCAUAUAAGGAAAGAUCCAACAUUUGAAUGCAUGGUUAGUUUCAACCACGAAGAUGAUUGGAGAAGUAUUUAA